CGGGGAGGUCACGUGCCGCUGUUUGGCGCUUUUGUGCGCGCCCGGGUCUGUUGGUGCUCAGAGUGUGGCCAGGCGGCUCGGACCGAGCAGGGUUUUCCUUGCUAGUGGAUUGUGUAGAAUACACUGCCAGUCUCUUGUCUUCUGUUCACCAUGGCUUCUUCUGAUAUCCAGGUGAAGGAACUGGAGAAGCGUGCCUCAGGCCAGGCUUUUGAGCUGAUUCUCAGCCCUCGAUCAAAAGAAUCUGUCCCAGAAUUCCCCCUUUCCCCUCCAAAGAAGAAGGAUCUUUCCCUGGAGGAAAUUCAGAAGAAACUAGAAGCUGCAGAAGAAAGACGCAAGUCCCAUGAAGCUGAGGUCUUGAAGCAGCUUGCUGAGAAACGAGAGCAUGAGAAGGAAGUGCUUCAAAAAGCGAUAGAGGAGAACAACAACUUCAGUAAAAUGGCAGAAGAGAAGCUGACCCACAAAAUGGAAGCCAACAAAGAGAACCGAGAGGCGCAAAUGGCUGCCAAACUGGAGCGUUUGCGAGAGAAGGACAAGCACAUUGAAGAAGUGCGGAAGAACAAAGAAUCCAAAGAUCCUGCUGAUGAGACUGAAGCUGACUAAUUUGUUCUGAGAACUGACUUUCUCCCCCUCCCCUUCCUAAAUAUCCAAAGACUGUACUGGCCAGUGUCAUUUUAUUUUUGCCCUCCUGACAAAUAUUCUAGAAGCUGAUGUAGGACUGUAUAGGUAGAUCCAGACUGUAUGAUGUUGUUUUAGGGGCUAAAGGGGAGAAACUAAAAGUGUUUUACUCUUUUUCUAAAGUGUUGAAGUCUUUCUAAUGUAGCUAUUUUUCUUGUUGCAUCUUUUCUACUUCAGUACACUUGGUGUGCUGGGUUAAUGGCUAGUACUGUAUUGGCUCUGUGAAAACAUGUUUUGUGAAAAGAGUAGGUAGUGGUUUCUUUCAAACUGUUAGAUGCUGAAUAUCUGUUCACUUUUAAAUCCCAAUUCUGUCCCGAUCUUAACAGAUGCUACUGUACUUGAAUGGUUAAUAAAACUGCACAGUGCUGUUG